AAGCUCAAUUCAAGGUGAAGGUCAGGGUCCAGUCUCCUCAGUUAUCAACCACGAGUCAUGCAUGUAUAAUAAAAAGCAGGUCGUUCCCGCAUCCUACUUUAUCUAAAACAAGCAAAACUUCGGUUGGAUGACAGUGCCAUAAGCUGAAGCAAGGUUAAGUGGACUCCAAGCACGAGGAAGGAAGUAUUGCAAUGCAGUUGCACAGGCGACUACUAUGGAUUCCUGCAUUAGCCACGCUCACUUGUCUACUCUUUUCUCAGCUAUAUCCAGAGCUGCCGAAAAUGCCUAUAUCGGGCUAUCUCCAUAGACCAAGGAGAGAAGUUGUCGAAUAUAAAAGUUCUCGAGGUUUUGGACAAAGACUGGUCAAAUAUCGCAACUUCACUUUCCCCGUCGAAUACAAGGAUAUUAUCGUCCACAUGAAUGCCUAUCUGCGCAAGCCCCCAGAAGCCAGAGUGGAUGACGUGUGGUUGAUCAACUAUCCCAAAUCAGGAACACAUUUUCUCUGGGAAAUAGUAUCAAUGCUAGUUAGAAACACCCUCAAGAUGAACCCAACGGAGAAGGAGAGAGCCAUGUGCCCAGAGUUGGUGCUACCCGAUCACGUGGACAACAUGGCGUCACCGCGUGUUCUGAAUACGCACGUGCCUCCAAGAUUCUUCUCCACAGAAGCCAGAAACGUUUCCAAGUUUUUAUAUCUCAUACGGAACCCCAAAGACGUCUUCGUGUCUUAUUACUUUCACAGGAAGAAUUUAAGUGGGUUUAAAGGAGCGUUUGAAGACUUUCUGGAGUUGGUUUACCGCGGUCAUGCGGGCUAUGGUAGGUGGAUUGAUCACGUAAAAGACUGGUUAGCUGUCAUGAAAGAUAAACCAAACUUUCUUAUCGUGAAGUAUGAGAACCUUGUGAAGGAACCUUUAUCUGAAGUUCGGAAAAUAGCUCAGUUUAUCGGAUUCAAACGUGAAGAAUCGUUUUACCAGAGUUUAGCCAUUAAAUGUUCUUUUGCUAACAUGAAGAAACAUAAGGUCAGAAAAAGACAAAAGUAUGAAUUGUUUUACCGAAACGGUACUGUAGGGAACUGGAAGAAUUUUUUCACGACAGAGCAAAAUCUGGAGUUUGAAAAACGUCUUGGAGAGGAACUAAAAGAUUUACCAUUUGCUUUAGAUUUUGAGUAGAGCAGAGAUGUUCGGCAGGAAAAGGUUGUAAUGGGACCGUUAGAAAGCAUUUUAAGAGAGCUACCAAAUCAGAUAAUUUUCAAAGAAGUUAAGUACAUCCGGGACUUACAAAGUCUUUUAACAAAAUUAAAGACUUUAUAAAUCUCGGAUGUAUGUUGAGGUUAAAUGUAACUGCUGGCUUUAUCGUUUUAUACUUAAAGGCUUUUUGAGUGAACUUGUAGAUAAAUGUCUACCUCAAGGAAUCAUUAAUAAACUAUUUAUAUACACGUAAAACUAUUUGUGUAAAUUGUAUGCGAUUUAUAAGAUGACAAUAUAAUACGACGACUUUUUAAAGAAA